UAUAAAAGGCUAUCGCUGUUACAUCAUUAUCAAUAAUAAUAACCACGCGAUCACUGUAAAUAAUGAGCAAGAUAAUAUUACUGAUAAUGAACAAGAUACUAUCAUUGCUAUCAAUAAUAAUAACCAAGCGAUCACUGUAAAAAAUGAGAAAAACCCCACUGUAAAUAGUAAACAAGAUACCAAAAUAAAAGGCAAGGUUCUUCUUAUUCCCAAACUGAGCAUAAUUGCUAUAUAUAACAC